AUGUCUAUGUCCCUGGACUUCUCAAAGAGGCAUGACCCUCUUGUAGGGAUGAGCAAAAGGACCGGGGAACCGGCCGGCACCGGUCCCGGAACCGGCACCCGAUGGAACCGGUCGGGCCGGGACCUAUACUACAGUUUCGUGCUUAUUUGGAACCGGGACCCGGAUUUGGAUGGGUUACCAAAUGUACCAUCAUCAAGAUACCGAAACUCGGAUGUUCAUGAUGCCAAUAUUGAAGAUGGUAAUCUGGCUAAUUGGAUUGGAAAAGACUUUGAUGAUCACGAUUAUGGAGAAGAUUCAGAAGAAGAUUAUAUAGAAGAAACACCGGCAUGGAAUGUUAUACCAAGUGAUGAAUCAAACCAAGAAGAGGAGCCACAAGAACAACAACCUUCAAAAAAACGAAAAUUUGCAACCCCACAAAAACGAAGACAACCAAAAAAACCAACACAAACAAAAAAACCACCACCACCACAAAAACGAACACAAGAAAAAUACCCAACAAAACCAAAACCCAAAAACAAAAAAAGACUCAAAAAGAGUUAAGGGACCGGAUUAACCCAACUAGACGAGGUGAGGGUAGAGAUAAUUGUACCGCUCCUGUUUGGAAAUACUUCGAGAUAGAAUGGAUAAAGGAGGACGAUGGAAUUGAAAGAAAGUGGGCCGAAUGUAAUUAUUGUUUACAUUUACUAGCUGCGGAUCCAAACCGGAAUGGGACAACUUCAAUAAAUAAGCAUUUUAAUGGGUGCAAGUUAAAUCC